UCUUUUCAUAUUUCCUUCUCACUGAGUGCAAUACUAAAUUAUCAUACCCGUAUUGGGGCGGUGGCUGCGGAGUGCACAAAUCAUGUUCUUUCUAUUACCCAGUAAUGCACCAAAAGUUAGCGGCCGCUAAUUUACUGAGCGCCAUUUUGAUCGCGAAGUGAAACAUUAAAUGGCAUUGAUGAUGUUAAUGUCUAGUAAGACGCUGUUGUAGUGUCCUUUCUUGGCCUUGACACUGUUCUGCUAUGGUUACAUUUCCGAGCGAAGACUGUAAUAGUUUUGCGGCCAAUCAACUUGGAACACCAAUUGCAUAGCAGAGAUGGCCGACGAUCGAACAGAGGAUCCUACGUUGCUAACUAAGUUGGAAGGGGUAACGAUAUUCGACAAGCCAUCGAGUGAAGUGAUUGGUCCAUCAAAGGUAAAAGAGCUGACAGAAGUAAAAAUGCGAGGCGAGUCAUCGAUAAAAUUCAAGUUUCCAGGAGAGUUAAACAGCACCCUUCUCGACACACGGACACUGUAUGUAAUUGAUAGGCGUAAGUGGCCUCUGUAUCAAUUUUCCGGACUAUACCCUGAAGAAAAUACUGCCGAGAUCUCUCUUAUAGGAUAUGGAAAGGAAGUACCUGUGUCUGUGUCUUGGACUAUCGGUGGCGGUGAAACUUGUUUAGAAUUUGAACACAUAUCAUCACUUGAAUUCAAAGAAGUUAUCUCUACACUGGUUCCAUUGUGCCAAGCAUUGCAACAUAUUAUCAUUGACUGUAAUAGGCAUAUGUUUGAUCGGCAUAUUCCUACACAUGACACCAGACCUUUCAUUCCAAUGAGAUCAGUCCUCACCGUUUGCAUUAUCCAUAUCAUUUCCACAUUUUCGAUUGCACAAAUCCUAUCGACUCUCAGUGAUUGUUUUCCAAAUGCAAAGAGUCUUGAGCUAUAUUGUGACAGUAAUGAUUUUACAUACGCUCGAAAAUACCAUUCCGACCCCCCACUGUCUCCCUGGAGACAGGUAAAAUUAGACUUGUGGAACUUACACUCAAAAGACUACGUCUGUCUGGAGACCAUCUUCCUCUCCCUUUCUUCUGCCUGUCAAAACAUAGAAUCACUCUUCAUCAAAAGCAUGAAAGCUUUCCAAUGGGGCAAGUCAAGCACAACCAUCAAAGCAUGUAAAUUACCUUAUCUGACUGAUAUCCAUCUUGAACAUCGUUGGUCUGAAGAGCACUAUGCACUUCAAUUGAUAAAAUACUUGCUAUAUGACGUGAAUCCUGGUUUGAAGUUUGUCAAAGUAAAAAGUGUACAGCUAGGAAACGUAGUAUUGAAGAGUGUUGAAUGGUCCCGAACAUCUUCAGAUUGUGGGUUGCGAAUUGAAGGUGCAACGGCGGCUGUACCCAUAACUGACUUAAUUGAUUUUACAACUAGUGACCUUAAAGAUGUUACUGUUCUUACACUUGUCAGUUGCAAGACUGAUUUCGGUCAGUCUGAAAGUAAGUCCUUGCAAAGCCCGAAGGAACUUGGUACACUGCGGGAAAUCAGGUUCGUUGGUUCAGAAAAACCACUUUCCGAAUCUGACAGGAACAAGCUUUCGGAGUUGUAUCCUAAUGUCAAAGUGACUGAAAAACAGGAGAGUCAGGAGUCAUCUGAAGAAUCUCAGGAGGGUUCAGGGAUACCUUCCAAUUUGGACCAAGCCUCCUCUCAAUCACUCAAGACAUCUGCCAUAGAUAAACUUUCCGAGGUAAAGGUUGAAUUUCAUGAAGACACAGGCUCACAGAACCCUGAAGGUGGAGAAGAAGAAACAUCAUGGCAAGAAAAAGAAGAGGAAUUUGACGUCAACAAAGGAAGCCUGUCAAAUGAAUCAGUACCCGAUGAAGGAGAUGUCGAAACAACCAAGAAGGAGUGCUGCAAGAGAGUUGGAGCUGAUGGUGGUAGACUGCGGCUAAAGUCCUUUGGGAUUGAACUUGAGAUACCUCCUGGUGCAAUCAACAGCAAAAAACCACAAGAAAUCUCUCUUCAUGUCCUGACCGAUACUCCUAAUCUUGGUGACACCAAAGACGAGAUGUCAGUCUGCUUUGGUGUACAGUGUCUAGCUCCUGAUGACUUAGUCCUUAGGUUACCGGUGACUUACACAAUACCUCAUUGCACUGUUGCAACACAGUACUCCGGUUUAAAGGCAGUCUUGUACACUGGAGAGGGGGAAUACUCACCGCAUGCAGUUGUUAAAGAACGGAAAGUACUGUCAAGGUCUGGAAUACCCAGCUGUAAUAUCAUGAAGGACGUACUCGAACUCAAGAUGAAUCAUUUUUCGUGGGCGAAGAUUAUGAUCUGGAUCAAGAGCUUCUUCUUCCGCGGAAAGAGGAUGUGCUUUUGGCCAUUUAAACAGAUGAACCUGCCCCUAGCUAGGACACCUGUUAUCUUACAUGCACAUCUACUUGACGAUGUGAAGGGGAACAAGCAAGAGGUGGAAGAGAAGGAAAAGAUACAAGGCCUCAUUCCUGCUCAUAUCUAUUUACCUGUCCUCGUACAGAAGGCAGAAGUUGAUCUUGAAAUGAGAUGUUAUGUGAAGAAAAAGCUAAUUGGAGACAUUGCUGUCGUAUCAUUCUACAACCUUACGAAUUUGACCAGGAUUUGUGUGGGCUUUGAAUUGGAUCUUGGUAAUCAUUCUGAUAUUGUUGCAGUAUCAAUUACAGCAGGACAAACCAAGAAACUGGAGGUCAAAUGUUUAUUCCAGUUAGACUUUCCCAUUCCUCAGAAAUUAGAAAAGGAUUCGCCACUAAAUUCAGCAAUAGAGCACAGUGCAUCAAGUUCACAGACGCAGCAGACAUCAAUUCAAAUACGAGAGGGGACCAUAGAGAUCAAUCCAGCUCGAGAGAAGGACUUUGAUGACAUUCUAGAAACCGUUGCAGAAAAGUUUGCCUCGCGUCAAGAGAUACAUAAUUUGGGAAAGUCUCUUGGGUUUGGACCAGAGGAUAUCGACCGUUUCGUUGAGGAGAACAUGAAAGAGACAGGAGUGUCCUACAUGGGAACUCUUUCAAUGCUCCGUAAGUGGAGAAAGAAGCAAAAAAAGAAUACAGAGCUGAAAGCCUUGCAGACUGCUCUAGAAAAGGCUGGUGAAAUCCAUCUCGCUGAUGUACUAUUUGGUGAAUGAUUGAAUGGACCUCAUGAUUUUUGUGAACUUUGAACUAUGUUGUUCAAUGGAGGAUUAGAUAGAGGCAGUCAGUUGGCAGGUCCUCAAAAAGUAGCUUCU